UAAAUGUCAAAUAAUCGCGUAAAUUUUGCUUGUAAGACUUGUAUUAAAAUAAACCAACAAUAAAAUGUAACAAAAGUAUCCAAUUCAUUUUAGAAAUAAAUACCAGAUAAAAUAUGCAAUUUUUAGAAUUUAAUAUUACGCUAAUAUUUACGGAAUAUCAUCAAUCAACAAUCAAGAAAUCAAAAACUUCAACUACCAGCAAAAGUACCAUUACCAAUACCAGCAAAUUGAUGGUUCUUUUUUGGCCAAUUAACUGACAUAAACAAACAGACAAACAACAUAUAGCAACAUAUUCUCUUCACAUAUACAUAAUAGCAAUAGCAGCCGUCAGCACUAAGUUUACAUACGACCAAUAGGAUUAAAUUUUAUUUAAAUAGUACCGAUGGAUAGUAAUCAACUGAAAAAUCAAAUAGAACAGGUUGCCAAUUUAUCGAUAAACAGUGAUGAUGGCAAUGACAAAAACAGAACUGGUAAAAUUAUUGCAUGUACAUAUUGUUCGUUCACAUUUCGGACGCGAGCCGACUUACGGUUACAUUGCCAGACAGAGGCGCAUCAGACGAUUAUCAUGUCCGAUGAAGGACGUGACUGGAAGUGCCGAGCACCGCCCAGGGGAUACAGCGCUGACACAUAUACCUUAUGUGAAAAUUUCAUGGACAGUGGAUGCUGUCAUUAUGGAAAUCAAUGUGUGGAGGCACAUGGCAAUGAAGAAUUGCAUGAGUGGCAAGAGCGUUUCGAAUAUCGUAAAAUGCGAAUGCAACGGGCUUGUGAAAAAGAACUAUUUGGCAAGAGUUUUACGGAACAAUUGUUGGAGAAAUGGAUGUCGGCAUCGACUCCAGAUAGGAUAAUGAAAGAAAAAAUUGACGGCGUUGAAGAGACUGUUUCAAAUGACCUAGUAACAACGGUAUCAUCGAAGGUGUCAAAACGUGAAUGGACAUUUGUUCUAAAAACAAAACGAAUGUUAAAAGCAGUCGCACUCCUGCAAGAUGCACAUCGUAAUCAUUUUAUGUUGAAACAAGUAUUUCCGGCCGAACCUCGACCAGCGAAACGUGGACAAUCUUACGGAAAUAAAGUAGUUGAAGCAGAACUUUUAAGUGAUCAGGAAUGGGUGGCGCCGAAUAUAGAUGACAGAUAUUCGGAAACACCGAAUGACCGAAGUCCAGUUUUAGAGCAUAGAGUUAAAGUAGUUUUUUCAACGGAUAUUUAUGGAACGUUUCGUCAAUCGGCUGUAUUUGAUUUUGGCACCGAACCAGUUUUAGUGAAGCAUUUUUGUGUUGAUGUGAUACCAAUAACCGAUGCCGAUAAAAUUCAAGAAAUUAAAAAAGAUUUAGUUGUGUCGGCAUCACAACGAUGGGACGAUUCAAAUACAACAAUUAUACCGUACACAAUACCCGCGAAUUCACAUCAACCGCUUAAUGUUGCCGUAUUACUAGAUGAAGAACGUGAAAAAGAGCUACUGCAAAGGUAUCCGUGUCCAAGAGCAUCAACAUUCACACUGACACAGUCCACAAUUACUGAGAAAAAAUUAACUAAAAAUAACUAUCGAUCGCGAAUGCAUGAAUUGCUUUAUGUCGAAGAGAUCGCACGUUAUGAUCAAGUUGCACGAUAUAAUCUAACGACAAAUAUACAAGUGACGACCACAUAUUUACUCUCACCGAGUGGUAUGGCGACAAGUACCGCCAAAUAUGCCCAUUCGGGCGAACUAUUUGCUUUGCUUACGUUGGGAAAAGACGUAUCCGAAGAUACAUCGGCUGGCCGUUUAAUUUUAAAUAAUUGCACAAGUGUUUAUAUCUCAGACGCUGGAGUUGUUCUGAAUGAUAAUGAAAAACGAAAAGUCUAUGAAGCAUUGAUUGAAGAUAAAUCAAAAUCAAUGAUUUAUUUGAAAUUGUCGGCAGAAUGUGUUAGCGAUUUGAAUUUAACCGCAAAUACCGACUUUUUUGCAGACAUUCAAUUUCAAUUAAAUCGUUUGACCUAUUGUGAAUGGCAUCAUGCCAUUGAUAAAAUUGUUGACUAUCGCAUGAUAUUUCCGGAAACAUUUUUGGAACCAAGCAUACCCUGGACACCGAAGAAACAAUGGUCCGAAAAUUUAGAUCCAAAAUUAAAUUCAAAACAAAAAGAAGCUGUGCUAGCUAUAACUGCCAUUUCAAAUAUCGGAUUGCCGCCGAUACUGUUGAUUGGCCCAUUUGGCACCGGGAAAACAUUUACAUUGGCCAGUUCAAUAAAUCAACUACUUCUCCAGCCCGAUACGCGAAUUUUAAUUUGUACGCAUUCAAAUUCAGCGGCCGAUUUAUACAUUAAAGACUAUCUACAUCCGUGGGUGGAGGAAGGAAAUACAUCUGCAACACCGUUACGAGUUUAUUAUCAUAAACGUUGGGUUGCCACAGUAAACAGUACUGUAUUGAAGUAUUGUCUAGUUGAUCUCAAUGGUUCGGGAAGGGUGUUUCGUCGACCAACAAAGGAAGAUAUAUUAAAGUAUCGAAUCGUUGUAGUGACAUUAAAUAUUUCAAUGGAAUUGGCAGCAUUAGAUUUGCCAAAAGGCUAUUUUACACAUAUUUUACUGGACGAAGCCGCACAAGCCAUGGAAUGUGAAGCAAUCAUGCCAUUGGCAUUGGCUGAUGUCAAUACGCGCAUCGUAUUAGCAGGUGAUCACAUGCAAAUGAGCCCGGAACUAUUUUCGAAUUUCGCAAAAGAGCGUCGUCUUCAUGUUUCAUUGCUGGAGCGACUUUAUUCUCACUAUCCCUGUGAUUUCCCCUGUAAAAUUUUAUUAUGUGAAAACUAUCGAGCGCAUGAGGCAAUUAUAAAAUUCACAUCUGAAUUGUUUUAUGAUCAAAAACUAAUUGCGUCUGGAAAGCAACCGAGACAUGAGAAAUUCUUUCCGCUGACAUUUUUCACAACACGAGGUGAAGAUGUACAGGAUAAGAAUUCGACCGCAUUCUAUAACAAUUCAGAAGUAUACGAAGUCGUUGAAAGAGUUCAGGAUCUACGAAAACAAUGGCCACCAUCGUGGGGAAAAAUUUCCGAUCAAUCAAUUGGAAUAAUGACACCGUACGCUGAUCAAGUAUUUCGAAUUCGUUCCGAAUUACGUAAACGGAAAAUGGGUGGCAUAUCGGUUGAACGUGUUUUGAACGUUCAAGGCAAACAAUUUCGGGCAAUUUUUCUAUCGACUGUGAGAACACGUCGAACACUGCCCAAUUCAGGCAAUUUAAAUUCAAGCAGUCAAACUGAAGACAUGGACUAUGGAUUUUUAAGUAAUUCAAAAUUAUUGAAUACAGCCAUUACACGGGCACAAAGUUUGGUCGCUGUUGUUGGUGAUCCGGUUGCCCUUUGUUCGGUUGGACGUUGUAGAAAAGUAUGGGAACGAUUCAUUGAAAUUUGUAACCAAAAUAAAAGUCUGUUUGGAAUAACAUGGUCAUUGUUGCGAUCUCAAUUGGAUGGCGUUGAAUUGAAGAAAACAUUUGUUUUGAAUCCACUGGCACCAGAAUUUAUUCCACGAGCACUGCAAGCUGAAACCUAUUUACGUGAACAACAAAUGCACGCACAACAGCAACAAAUCUACCCACCACAUGUUUUACCUCACAGCAUGUCACAUAUAGGCUAUUCCACACAGACCAUGAUGAAUCCACAGUCUCGAAUGGAAGCCGACUCGUCGAUGCAACACAAUUUCAAACAUCGAUUUGGUGCUAUGCAAACACAGCCUUCGGUGCCACCUAAAGUGACUAACAAACAUCCAUCAUUCUUUUAUCAAAAUCAACACCAUCAAAUGAUACGGAAUCAAGCGAUUCCACAGCCUGGUCUCAGUUAUACAGCUAAUAAUCAAUCGAACUUUUGGACGCAUCCAUUUAAUACUAACCAAAAUAUGUGGCCGAAACCAAAUCAUGCGAUUCGUGGAGAAAAUACAAAUUUUUCACGUGCUUCGCAGCAACCGCCGCAGCAACAACCGCAGCCGCCUCCGCCACCGCAACCAACUCCACAACAGCAACAACAAUUGAAUUUGAAUAUGCCGAUAAUUCCAAGGCAACAGGCCACAAGUGGAUCACAACAUUUGCACCACAAUUCAAUUCCGUAUAUGCAAAACAAUAAGCAACAAUCUCCUGGUUUGUAUGGCGCAAAUGUUCCAAAUCACUUACGAAAUAUAAACUCAAUGACAAAUCCGUCGCAAUUGGCCACACAAAACACUCAACCACACGGCCAACCACAAGAAGUGAGUGUGUCUCCACUGACUAGUGAUAUUAUGGCAUCUAUAACUCAACGUGCUAACCAAUUACAUCAACAAAAUUUAUAUAAAACAAAUCCCGUGCAACCAAUUCAUCCACAACAACAGAUCCCCGCAAAUCCCAACAAAUUUCCCUUUUUCAUGGACAACAAAAAUCACCACACAAUGGAUCCGCAGCAAAUAUUGCAACACUUUCAGCCCAUGUCAAAUAUGAAUCAACAUCAUUUGGCUACCCCAAAAUCACAGCACGUUACACUAUUGAAUCAGAAUCAGCAAAAAAUGCUUCCUAUACAUCAACAGCAGCCCCAGACACCAAACAUUCCAGACUUUUCAAAUCUAUUGCCACCCAAUAUGAGUUUCUACGAUAUGGCCGCCGAAUCAAAGGAUAAUCAAUUUAAAUGGUUUGUAAAGCUAAGUGAAACACAAGGACUGGAAGCGGCAAACAAAUAUGCUGAAAUAUUGAGUCAAAUACCGCCACCCAUAGACGCAGUUAUGUCUAAGCCACCAAUGGCAUUGAAUACACCAUCAAUUCAAAAUAUAGAUCUCAUUUUUGAGAAUCUUGUUAGUCCAACGCCAAAUUUGGGAAAUUUGCUUGGAAAAAAGGAGCAUAUAGCGAAUGAUACAACAUCAUUUUUGGGCGGUAGCAUGUCAUCGAUUUCAAAUCGAAACGGUGGCGAACAUUCGACAAUCCCAAGCCUAAACGAGCUGAUAACUGCGCGUCAAAGUGAUCUGGGAUUACAGGCGAAAAAUUCGUUGCAUCAACAGCAACCACAACAGCCACCACCACCACCGCCACAACAGCAACAACAACAACAACAACAGCAACAGCAGCAACAACAACAGCAACAACAGCAACAAUCUAUUCCAUUGUACCAACGCCAGGCAGGUAGCAGUUUCAACGUGCAGUCCAACAGCAUCCCAAUGCCAAUGAUGACACAUGCAAAUGAAAUUAACGAGCAUAGCCUUUUCGAAAAUUUAUUUAACCACAAUGGAAGCCUUAAUCAGAGUCACAUUUCAAAUGAUUUACAUGGAAAUGCGCAACACUUCCAAGGCCUACCACCAAUUCAAAAUUUUGUGGCUCCCGUAAAAACGCUAUCGAAUUCAGUAAACAUGACGCAAAAUAUGCAUACAAAUUCGAAUCAAAAUGUCAUUACAUUGAAUCAUCUAUCACAUUCGCAAAAUGCGAAUGAUCAAUGCAAACGCAAUGAUGAUGUGCACACCAUUCGACCGGCCAAUUCAACAACAACUUAUGCUAGCGUUUUAACGCAAGGUGCAUCAAAUCCACAAUUAAAUCAAAAUCAUUCACACAACAAGCAACCGCAACAACAACAACAGCAACAACAGAAAAAUGAAGAAAAAGAUCCGUUCGCCGCAAUUCGUGAACUUGGUCAGCGCUCUAAUGGUUUAUAUAAUUAUUUUCAGUAAAAAAAAAACAAAUGAAAUCUUUUUCACCGUAACCUUUAUUAAUCACACUAUUAAAAUAUUUAAAGAAAAUAUUGUAUUACAACAAUAUUCAUAAUGUUUAGUUGAAGAUUAAAAAAAAAACACAAAAAACCCAAAAAAAAUGUAAAACAAAAUCGAAAAAAUGAAAAAAAGUUAUCAAACAAAACUUAAAAAUGUAUAUUUUAGCUUAAGAUAAGAACACACAUAGACCUAGUUGUAGAAACUCAAACAAAAAAAAUGAAAAAAAAAAAA